AUGCAUCCUGCCAUAAAACCCAGAAACGUUGCCGUCAUCACGGGUGCAGGCUAUGGCGGGAUUGGCUAUGCGAUGGGUGCCAAGCUCGCCGCGCAGCAGAUGAGAGUCGCCCUCCUCGACAUCUCCCAGGAGCACCUCGACACGGCGCACAAGGAUCUCACAGAGCAGCAUCACAUCAGCGCAGAGGACGUCCUGACGGUCCAGACUGAUGUGACCAGUCUGUCCUCGCUCGAGGCAGCCAGGAGCGAGGUUCUGCAACAGUUCAAACAGAUCGAUCUGCUCCAUCUCAAUGCCGGCACGCACUGUCCCACCAAAGCAUGGGAAGGACUCGACAACUGGAGAAAGACGCUCGAUGUCAAUCUGAUGGGCGUCGUCCAAGGCGCUCAGGUCUUUGUGCCCGAGCUUUUGAAGAGUCGUUCGCCCGGCGCUGUCGUCGUCACGGGAUCAAAGCAAGGCAUCACUUGUCCGCCCGGCAACCCGGCUUACAAUGUCUCCAAGGCUGCCGUCAAGGCAUUCGCCGAGCAGCUGAGUUACGAACUCAGACAGGAAACCCAAGAUCGCGUCUCUGCACACCUGCUCGUGCCCGGAUGGGUGCACAGCAAGCUGACGAUGCAAGGUGAUGUUUCGCAAGCCGUCAAACCGGGUCAAUGGACUCCCGAUCAGACUGUCGAUGUCUUGCUCGCCCGCAUGGCGUCUAACGAUUUUUACAUCAUCGUCGAGGACGGCGACACAAAGUGGCGAACUGACAGAGCCCGCAUCGAGUGGACCAUGGGCGACAUGACCGAGAACAGACCGGCGCUCUCUCGCUGGCACGAUGACCACAAGCAAGCGUUUGAACAACACAUGUCUUCACGUACACCCAAAUGA